AUGACCGAGACCGCUGUCCCCGAUCCGUCCGUUGAUUCGCUUUCUUUAAAGGAAUUUACGAUGGAGGAUGUCAAAUCACACGAUACAGCGAAGGAUUGUUGGAUGGUCAUUCGGGAUGGGGGUAUCCGUAAGGUUUAUGAUGUGACGACUUUCUUAGACGAUCACCCAGGCGGCCCCGAGAUCAUGGUGGACGUGGCUGGACAGGACGCUACUGACGAGUUUGAGGAUAUUGGCCACUCAAACGACGCGCGUGCGCAGCUUAAAAAGUUUGAAAUUGGUAAGAUCAAGGGAGACACCAAGCAGCAGGCGUCUACCAAGACUAGCGCCAGUGGCAGUACGUCGUCGGGUCGACAGGACAUUAGCGGUCAAAACGGUCCAUUGUACGCCGUUCUAGUGGCUGUGGUGGCCUUCGCUGCACUCUACUUGAAGUACAAGUAA